AUGAACUUAGAAAGCUUCCAUAGAGUUUUAAAAGAAAAAUAUAUGUGUAGAUUAAAAGUCAGAAGCGUAUACGAUUGUUCAUGGUACUUGGAGAAAUAUUUAUUAAUGAAAGGAAAUGAUUUACAAAAAAAACAAAUACGUUUUAAACGCACCAAUAAAUUAAAAUGUCUUCGCGCAAAUCAUAAGAAAGUGGAAAAACAAAGUGAAUUAAAAAGUAUGGUUAUCAAUUCAUUAGACUAUAACUCUUGGUAUGUUCAAUCAUUCAUUGAUGAAGAAGUUAUGUACAAUGUACUUAAAAGAGAAUUAAAAGAAUGUACAAUAUAUGAAGGUGAGAUCAGUUUACUUCCUUGCACACGUGUAAUUGCCAGGACCAUUCAAUUAAAAAUAAUAUGUGCAAGCAUAUUCACACCGUUGCAAUGA